AUGGCGAGGCUGGCAGAUUUGGAGAUGCUCGUGGAGGCCACCGGAAGCCUUUCUUCAUGGAUGUACACCUUGAUUCAGGUCCUCACCUUGGACUCCUGGAACGCCAUCGCGCGUCCACUGCAGAGAUAUGUCGCUGGCUCCUGGGCCUUUUUUUACUGCUAUGUGGCGGUGGCGGUCAUCGUUUUCAUGAAUCUGGUGACGGCUGUCAUUGUGGAAAAUGCCUUGAGUCACUCCAAACAGGAUGAAGAAACCUUACUGGCACAGAAGGAUUCAGAACAGAAAUCGUUGUUGAAGACCUUCCGAUGUCUCUUUGAAGUCAUGGAUGAGGACGACUCGGGUACAUUGACCUUGGAGGAGUUUCAAGGCGCCUUUGAGACGAAAGAAGUUGCCACGAAGUUGAAACUUCUGGGCUUUAAGGAAGAGGAUUGCCAGGUGAUUUUCAACUUGUUGGAUGAAGGUGAUGGUUGCCUUACCAUCGAUGAAUUCUUUGAAGGUCUCCAAGAGAUGAAAGGACCUGCACAGGCAAAGCAAGUCUUCAUGGUGCGGAAACGCGUGGAGCAGAUCUGGAAUCUGCUGUUGCAGUUCAGCCAUGAGGUGGAUCAGGAUUUGAAUGACUUGUGCCAAGGGCAGAAGAGGUUGAGGAACGGCUGGAGCCUCACUGGGCUGGGAUGGACGGUCCUCCAGCGUGCGCGUCAGUACAGCCGCAGCAUGACACCAUCGAAUGCAAUCCUCCAAGAGCGACAAGUUGACACCGCUUUCACCGGGCUCCGUGCAGGUCGACGCGCAAGCGGAAAGCAGUACAGUCGUGGGCUGAAGGUUGUGUCGCCCACGAUGUCAGAGGCGGCUGGUUGCAACCAGUUGUUGGAUCGCCUGGAGCUGCUGACCCGCGACUUGCGCAGCGAGAUGCGCACGGUGUCCUCCAGGCUCCAAAAUGUGGAGGUGGCGCAAAGGCGGAUGUUCGAACGUAUCGAUUUCAUCGCUCGGAGACAGGACGAGGGUGCUGGACGAACUUUAGGGAUGUCCCCACAAGCGACGGACGUGACCAACGCGUGCGGCCGACUGUUUGACUAA